AUGCCCUCGACAUCGAUUCCGAAGCAAGAAGAAAGGAAUUGGCUGGAUCUCCCAUCCGAUGUAACGGCCAAUAUACUUAACAGGAUUGGUAUGGUUGACAUACUUGAGAACGCGCAGAAAGUGUGCACUGCUUGGCGUAAGAUUUGCAAGGACCCUCCCAUGUGGAGGGUUAUCAAUAUGAACGACAUACCAAUAUUUGGUGCAAAACUUUCACGUGUUGAAAUGUGUGAGCAUGCUGUGGAUAGAAGCCAAGGCCAGUUAGUUGAUAUCACCAUUGUUUUUCUUUAUGAUGCUGAAUUUAUGUCUUAUAAAUUUGCUUUGAUGAAAUUUCCGUUGUUGGAGGAACUAAACCUUUACGAGAUAACAAUCUCAAAAGAAGAGAUUGAAACUGUUGGCCGUUAUUGCCCCAUGCUAAAAACACUCAAAGUGAAUAAAAGAGGAUAUGAAGGGUCUUUAACGAGAUAUAAUGAGAUAGCCAUAGCUAUUGGACAAAACCUGCCUGGGAUAAGGCACCUUGAACUCAUUGGAAACAGGAUGACCGAUGUUGGGUUGCGUGUGAUUCUCGGUAACUGUCAUCACCUUGAAACACUUGACUUGCGUGAAUGCUUUUGCAUUGAUCUUAAGGGAGAUCUAGGGAAACAAUGUUCUAAACAGAUUAAAUAUCUUAAACUUCCCAAUGAUUCUCUUGAAGACUACCCUUAUAUUUAUGCAAUAGAGAGUGAGUAUGAUGAGGAUGACUAUUACUACGCUGAUCCCUAUGAUACUUAA